AUGGCUUCAACGGCAUCACCAUCAUCGAAUACGAAUGAGAAAUCAACGGUAUCGUCAUCAUCAAAUGCUAAUGCUUCAGCAGAAGUUUAUUCAUCAUAUACCGGUUUCAGUAUGAGGAAGAUUAAAGAAGAACAAUUAAAAGAUCGUGCAAUUCAAGAGACAAAGAAAAAUCUAUCUAGUAAUCAAGAUUACGAAAUUAUUAAUGAUAUUUUAUAUAAAUUAGUUCCACGUGGGAAAAGAAAAAUUAAACUUAUAUGGGUUCCAAAAACAAUGAUAAAUCAAUCAUUUAUGUCAGCUAAAUUUAUUUUACCUUAUUUACGUGAUAUUGAUGAUACAUCAACUGAUUGUGAACCAGAUCAACAACAAAAAUGA